AUGGAGAGACCUGCGGUGGUGUCGACCCGCAGGAGUCCCUCAGUACCGCAGUACAACAUCUCAACCUCCACCUUGGCCUUCGACCAGCAUUUCACCUCAACCACUAAAGGGAUUCUCCUCAUGGCUGAGAUCGUAUUUGGGAUGUUAGUGUGGAUUCUCAUCGGCGGUACAGAUUAUUUUCCUCUGUCUGCACUCUGCUGGGUGAUGUUUGUUGCCAUCUUGUUCUGGAUUCUGACGGUUUGUCUGUUUAUAAUUUACCUCACUGGAGUCCACAACAGGAUAACACGACUCCCCUGGAAUACGCUGUCGCUGUGUUUCCACUGUAGUGCGACUGUUCUGUAUCUGGUGACAGCAGCAGUAGAUGCUCUCUCCGUCAACCAGGCCACCAGGGGGCGACACAACUACAACUGUUGGGCAGCUUCAGCAUUCUUUGCAUUUCUGACCACUCUGUGCUACGCAGGAAGCAGCUACCUGAGCUACCGAGGCUGGAAAAUCUCCAGAGAGGAGCAAUAAUCUCAUCGCCUCCUGGUUCAGACUUUUCUGUGUGUCGUAUUGUGAUGAGGCUAAAUUUACUGAGGAAACUAAUCAGUUAAAGCGAACAGUGGAGUCUGAUCGAGCACAUUUUUGUUUUCGCCAUGUUUGCGGCUGGAUGUUUGACGCUGCACGUACAGCCAGAGAUCUACAGCUUUGCACACAGUAACUUUCAGUAAUCGUGUCUCCAGUGUGGGAAAAUAAAAACAAAAUUCUAGUGUUUUACCAAAUCCUUUUAUUUUGUCGUUGACUGCCCUUUCUAUAAUUGCUACAAGGUCCCAAGAGCAAAACAACAACAACAACAACAACAAUCAACAAUGUGCAUUUCCCAAAACACAUGCCACAUGCAGCCAACUUUACUGGCUCACAUUGAACAUUAUACACAUUUCUCCUCCAACCAUUAAAUAUAUGCAUGGAUACAAAUCAUAUGAUCAUUUGUUGUAUCUCUUGUUGUCUUUACAAUUCCUCAGAAUAUGUGUAAUUUUGAUUAAAAGUGCAAUACACAACC